UUGAAUUGUCAUUGAAUUUAGAAGUGUCUAGCAGAGACAACAAGUGGAAAAAUAUCCAUUGAAUAGUUGCCGGGAAAAUAAAACAAAAGAAAAACAAAAAGGCAAACAAUGGCAGUUUGUGAUAAAUUUUUAACAUUUAACAAUGAUGUCAUUAUGCCAGCUUUUGGCAUUGGUACAUGGAUGGCUCCCGAUGAGGAAAUCGAAUCGGCCUUGAAUACCGCAUUGGAGGCGGGCUAUCGUCAUAUCGAUACAGCACCCAUCUACAUGAAUGAGAAAGCCAUUGGACGAGUGUUAAAGGAAUGGUUGGAUUCGGGACGUCUCAAACGUGAAGAACUAUUUAUAACCACUAAAUUGCCACCACCGGCAAACAUUCCUGAUUAUGUUGAACCAACCCUACGCAAUUCAUUGGACGAUUUGCAAUUGGACUAUGUCGAUUUAUAUUUGAUACAUGUUCCCUUUGGCGUUCAAGUGGAAAAUGGUGAUUUUAAGCGUGAUGAAAAUGGCCUGGUAGUUGUGGAGCCCAAUACGGAUCACUUAGCUGUAUGGAAGAAAAUGGAGCUUAUCUACGACUUAGGCUUAGCCAAGGCAAUUGGUGUUUCCAACUUUACAGCUAGACAAAUUCAAAGGAUAUUAAAAAAUUGCAAGGUUAGACCGGCUAAUUUGCAGAUUGAACACCAUGUCUAUUUGCAACAACCCGAUUUGGUGAAUUUCUGUAAACGAGAGGCCAUUACCGUCACCGCCUAUUCGCCCCUAGGCUCCAAAGGCAUUGCUGGUCUAAACAAAAUGGUUGGCAUUGAACGCGAAUUGCCCGAUUUAAUGGAAAUUCCCGAGGUAAAAGAAAUUGCUGAAGCUCAUGGCAAAACACCAGCUCAAGUUCUAUUGCGUUGGAUCAUUGACUGCGGUUUGUCCGCCAUACCUAAGAGCACCAAUCCUGAGCGAAUCAAAGAGAAUUUGGACAUUUUCGAUUUUCAACUGAAUGAAGAGGAGAUAGAGAAAUUAAAAGGAUUGGAUGCUAAUAUACGCGUAUGCGAUUUUAAAUUUUUCCCAGGUGUUGAAAGGCAUCCCGAAUUUCCAUUCUAGAAUGGCUAUUGCAUCCUUUAUGGUAUACAAGAAAUUAUGUCUAACGCACCAAGCUUGUUUCUGUUAAACUGAUAAUGAUAUAGCCAACUAUUCAAAAAAAUUAUUUAAGGAAAAUUAUAGCACAGCUCAAUACUAAAACAAAAAAACGAUGGGGUUUCAUGACAUUAUUUUGCUCUAAAUAAAUUUGUGUGUUGUA